AUGUCGCAUCAUCGCUACAAGUUCGGGCCCACCAAGGCCAGGGAGUUCUAUACCGAAAACAAUGUCAUCUUCCUGACAGGAGCAACCGGGUUUGUCGGCAAGACCAUUCUUGAAAAGUUGCUACGUUCAUUCCCUCAGAUCACGAAGGUGUACUUGUUGGUUAGGAUAUCAGGCACAAAGACUCUGCAGGACCGUGUCGAGACCGAUAUAUUUGGUAGCCACAUCUUUGACACGCUAAAGGCUCAGUUCUCGAGCCCACGAGAGUUCCAUGACCGGAUCGUAAAGAAGAUUGUACCUGUCAAGGGUGACAUCACGAUCAACAUGUUGGGCCUCUCGGGCGAGGAUCUGGCCAUGAUUCGCGAGGAUGUAGCCGUGGUGAUUAACAGCGCAGCUUCAGUCAGCUUCGACGAUCCCCUAAAUAAUGCCCUUGAGAUGAAUACAAAGGGACCCUUCCGUACGUUUGAUGUCGCCAAGGAUGCCAAGCGACUCGCAGCAUUCGUCCACAUCUCAACCUGCUAUGUAAAUGCACCCAUGAUUGGCGCCCAUAUCGAUGAAACCAUCUACCCUCACCCCUUUGGCGAACCCGAGGCCAUCUAUGAGAUGUUGACAAAGAUGUCGUACGAGGAGAUUCGUAACUACGAGCGGUCCGUAGUCCUGAAGGCCUACCCCAACACCUACACGUUCUCGAAGAGCCUCACAGAGCAUUUGAUCCAGAAGCGGUACAAGAGUAUGGGCUUGCCCAUCGUCAUUGUCCGUCCUUCAAUUGUCACAGCGGCCCAGAAGGAGCCCGUGCCUGGAUGGGUCGAGGGUGUUGCUGCUGCCAACAAGGCUGUCGUAUCCUGUGCACUUGGCCAAGUGCAGGAGUGGAUAGGGUCCCAGGCCGCCAGGACAGAUCUUAUUCCUGUUGACAUUGUUUCCAAAGUAAUUCUCCUUGCUGCUACGACCGCGGACAGCACAUUGACCACGCCACCUAUUUACCACGUUGGCACCAGCUGCAUCAACCCCAUAACCUGGGGUCUCUUUGGCAUCUACCUGGUCAAAUACUGGAGCGCAGUUGAGAAGCCCCGCCGCCGCAUCUCGGAUGACAUUCGGUUUGAGAUGUAUCAACCUGCUGAGUUCAAGCGACGCUUCGACAGCCGCUUUGGAGAACAGAUCCGCACCCUUGCACAACAUAAGGACGGCAAGAGACUGAAGGUCCGCAUCUCCAAGGCCAUGGCUGUACCUAUGACUUUUAAGACCUUUGCUCUGAACGAGUGGUUCUUCGAUGUGGUCAAUACCCUGGCCCUGGAUGACGCAGCGCCCGCAGAGCUCAAGAGUGGACUGAGGAGGGGUAUGGACUGGCAUCGAUACAUGGAGGAUUACAAUGCGGGUGUGCACGCCUUUAUUUUGAGAGAGAAAGUCAAUCGUUCUAUCGUAAUUGAUUCUUCCGUAAAAACUUGGAAGAGUGUUCUGCCCUUGGAGCAGAAGAAGAAAGAAGGGGAGAGGCUAGAGAAACCAGAGAUUGCUGCUCGACUCUGA